AUGAAGUACCGAGAAAUUGCAACAAUUCUGUCUGCAAGAGAGGGUGACUUGAAAAAUUUGCUUAUUUGGCAAAAGAGAAAAUUGAAAAGAAAAGGAAGUGUUGAAUUUUCAAAACUUGCAGAAGAAGGAAGAGAUUUCCUCGGAGAAUCAUCCUAUGAGCAUCUAUUGGAAUCCGUCUAUGCUAUUUGUAUUAGCUAUUAUCAAUACACAGAUGGUCGGAAGAAUUUUGGUAAUUGUCGAAAUAUUCAGUACAAGGCUUUGGAAUACAUAAGUUCUUGGUUUUCUGUCUCUUACAUUAUCUUCUCACAAGUUAAUUCAAGACAACAAGUCAUAACUCAGGAACUCUAUCCUCUUUAA